AUGCGUUUUGUGACGAAAAAGUCGAAUUUGUCGUGUAUUCUGUGGUUUUCCGUCUCUUUAAACAUUCUUUUCAGUGUUAUCUUGUGGCGGUUUCUUAAUUCCACUACUCCGUUUUUAACUGCAACAAAGCGUUGCUUGGAAUCUGCGUCGCAAUAUGGAAGUUCUCUAGAACCCAUUCCAAUAAUCUAUGUUUUGACUGCUACGUACCAUCGUUUGGUUCAGAUUCCUGAACUCACGCGGAUGUGUCACACUCUUUUGCACAUUAGCAAGAUUCAUUGGGUUGUCAUCGAAGAUGCAGAUAUUGCAUCAGUAAGACUUCGGAGGUUUCUUGAACAGUGUGGAGUAUCAUUUACUUUACUCGCAAUAAAGACCCCACCGGAACAAGUUCUCCCCCCAGGCCAACCAAGUUGGAGAUAUGCUCGCGGUGUUGCUCAACGCAAUCGCGGACUUCAGUGGCUUCGAGAAACACUCAAGCCCGGUCACGAUGAGGGAGUGGUUUAUUUUGCUGACGAUGACAACACCUAUUCCCUCCGUCUGUUUAAUGAGAUACGCACCACGAAGCGCGCCUCUACGUGGCCUGUUGCGUUUGUUGGUCGGCUUUUAUGGGAAGGGUGUGUAACUAAACCCGAUCACCCCGACGUGAUUGAUCAUAUGCAAACUAUCUUCAAACCUUGGCGGGAAUUCCCAAUCGAUAUGGCCGGAUUUGCAAUUAACCUUCGCCUAAUUCUUUCUCAUCCUGAUGCGAUCUUUAUCGCCAAUCCAAAUUACUAUGGAAUGCUGGAAAGCACCUUCUUGAAGAAACUUGGUCUGCGAAAUUUCUCUGACCUUGAACCAAAAGCCGAUGGCUGCAGGCGGAUUCUCGUGUGGCACACCCAAACACGACAGCCCGACAUUCUUGCCUUGGAUGAAUCGAAGACCGGCCCCCAACCCACCCUCCUGCCUGGUGACUUGUGA